GCCCGGCCCGGCCAUGCCGGCCAAGAGGAAGCCGGUGCUGCCCGCCCUCAACAUCGCCCCCAGCGCCGCCGAGGGGCCCAGCCCCGACGGCUCCGCAGAGGCUAACCUGGUGGACCUGCAGAAGAAGCUGGAGGAGCUGGAGCUGGAUGAACAGCAGAAGAAGCGCCUGGAAGCUUUCCUGACCCAGAAAGCCAAAGUGGGGGAGCUGAAGGACGACGACUUCGAGAGGAUCUCCGAGCUGGGCGCUGGCAAUGGCGGGGUGGUCACCAAAGUGCAGCACAAACCCUCAGGGCUCGUUAUGGCACGGAAGCUGAUCCACUUGGAAAUCAAACCAGCCAUCAGGAACCAGAUCAUCCGGGAGCUGCAGGUGCUGCACGAGUGCAACUCCCCCUACAUCGUGGGCUUUUAUGGAGCCUUCUACAGCGACGGGGAGAUCUCCAUCUGCAUGGAGCACAUGGAUGGUGGCUCUUUGGAUCAAGUGCUGAAAGAAGCCAAAAGAAUUCCUGAGGAAAUCCUGGGCAAAGUCAGUAUAGCGGUUCUGCGGGGCCUGGCCUAUCUGCGGGAGAAGCACCAAAUCAUGCACAGAGAUGUGAAACCCUCCAACAUCCUGGUGAAUUCCAGAGGGGAGAUUAAGCUCUGUGAUUUCGGGGUCAGCGGGCAGCUCAUUGACUCCAUGGCCAACUCCUUUGUGGGAACUCGGUCCUACAUGUCUCCCGAGCGCCUGCAGGGCACGCACUACUCGGUGCAGUCGGACAUCUGGAGCAUGGGGCUGUCCCUAGUGGAGCUGUCGAUCGGAAGGUACCCAAUCCCCCCGCCAGACUCCAAGGAACUGGAAGCAAUUUUUGGCCGUCCUGUGGUGGACGGGGCGGAGGGAGAGUCCCCCAGCAUCUCGCCGCGGGCCCGGCCCCCAGGACGCCCCGUCAGUGGGCACGGGAUGGACUCCAGGCCUGCCAUGGCCAUCUUCGAGCUGCUGGAUUACAUUGUUAACGAGCCACCUCCCAAGCUGCCAAGUGGAGUCUUCACGCAAGAUUUCCAGGAGUUUGUAAAUAAAUGCUUAAUUAAAAACCCAGCAGAGCGAGCAGAUCUGAAGAUGCUGAUGAGCCACACGUUCAUCAAGCGCUCCGAGGUGGAGGAGGUGGAUUUCGCGGGCUGGCUGUGCCGGACGCUGCGGCUGAACCAGCCCAGCACUCCCACCCGAGCUGCCAUGUGAGCCUGGCCUGGCACUCCUGCCUCUGGCACUCCUGCCUCUGGCACUCCUGCCUCUGGCACUCCUGCCUCUGGCACCGCUUCCUCUCCUCCCUGCAGGGCACAGCUGCCCCUCCUUCCUCCCUCCCAGCGCCAAAGCUCCGGCCCCGGGGCAGCUCCAGGCUCCCCUCGGAUCUGGGGGUGUUCCAGGCCUCUGCUCCAGCUCUGGAGCUCCUGACACUUGGGAAUUGUGGUGCUGCUUAUGUUGGUUUUUCUUUAUUUUGGGUUUAUUUUUGGUUUUUUUGGGUUUUUUUGGAAGUGUGUUCACUCGGGUUAGGGGGGAUGUGAGGUGGUGCGGGGAUGAGGGGCAGCUGCUGCUUCCCCUCACCCCUGGUUUCCUCUGUGGGAUGGAGAACGGGUGGGAUCAGGAAUGGAGAAACCCUGCCCGGGGUGGCCCGGAGCACUGUCACUGUCCUGCCUGGGGGCACAGCCGGGCUCAGAGCACACAUCCUCUUUGCUUGGUUUAAACGGUUCCUUUGAAGCCUGCCUUGUCGCAGCUGGGUGUCCAGGGAGGGGCUGGAUCCAUGGGGAUGGGAGGAAUAGGAAUGGGGAUUGGGAUGGGAUGGGAUGGGGAUGGGGAUGGGGAUGGGGAUGGGGAUGGGGAUGGGGAUGGCUCCCACUUCUCCGUGCCCACCUGAGUGUGGAUUUUGGGUUUUCCUUGCCUGGAGAGGUGCAGGCAGAGCCCGGCUGUGCCCGGGCUUGGGGUCCCUCUCCUGAUGCCAUCGGGGAUGGCACAGGGAACCCUCCAGGCUGCAUUUUCCCCCCGCAGCUGCCUCCAGCCCAUCCCAGGGCUGGCCUCAGCCACUGUGGAUGUGGCAGAGCUCCAGGAUUCCCUGUCAGAGCCCCCUGGCCAGGGAUGACCCCACCCCGAGCCCACAUUGUCCCUGGAUUGUCCCUCCCACCGAGGGACAGAUCCCAGGCCCGACCCCCUCCCUUCCCACCACGUGGAUUUUGGGGUGAAUUAUUCCCCAUGUGGGCUUGGCAACCCCUGAGCCCCCCCCACCAUGAGGAUUUGGGAAGUUUAGUGGGAAUUUUUUGGUGUUUUCCUUAUUUUUUUUGGCUGUUUUUCACUCAGUCAGGCUGGCAGCUGCCAUCCCCCUGCCUGCCCUGGGUCCCCACCAUGGCAGCCCCCCCAAAAAUUAACUACCAGGGCUGGGUUACCCCAAAUCCCUCAUCCCUUUUCCUUUCCUAUUUUCCAGCACAGCACAGAGGCACUGCCCUGCCUGGGGCCAACCCACAGGGCAACCACGUCCCCAAACGGGGGACACCUCAAUUUUUUUGGGGGAACACCCCAAUUUUGGGGGGGAACACCCCAGAUUUGGGGGGGAACACCCCAGAUUUGAGGGGUCUGUGCUUGCUGGCUCAGCUCAUGCCCAGCCAAGCCACCCUGGAGCCGUGGGGUGCUCCAUGUGGUGGAUUUUGUCUCUUAUUUAAUGUGGGAAGCAGGGAAGGUUCCUCAGAUUUUGGGCUGUUUUCCAUCGGUUUUGGUGCUGGGUUUUGGAGGAGGAAGAGGAGGAAAAGGAGGAGGAGGAAGAGGAGGAAAAGGAGGAGGAGAGCGUGGAUGAAGCAGUUUGGUGGUGCAAUUAAUUUUUUUUUUUUUUUAAACUCGAUAUUUUCAUCAUGGAUGGGGAGGGUGGGGGAAAUAAUGAAUAAACGGCACUUUACAUUUC